UUUUUCUGAUAAUAAACUCAAAAAAGUUAUGAUAAAAAUUAAAAAUUAAAAACCGUGAAGAGUGAAGCCUAGGUCUAGUAUAUAUUCUCGUAAAUCGUAAUAAUGUGAGCAUUAAGCACCUGGGGUAAUAAUACUAUUUAGCAUGUCUUGACUCUUGAUUCUUCUACUAUUCCAAUACUCUAAUUCGUAAUAAAAACUAAAAACCUUUGAGUAUUAAAAAUUAAUUUAAUAUUGCAGUAUUGUUAAUUUUAAACAGGUAACCUUCUUAAGCUUAUAUUUUAAAUUAAAAAAUAAAUUGAUCUUAGGUACAUCCUUAAAUUAUAUUUUUAAUGAUUAAAAGUGUAUUGAAAAAUCAACCUCACCCCCUCUUAAAAAAAACAUUUUACAGCCACUGGCCUAGUUAAACUCACAAUUAAAUUAAUCAUAGAAUAGAUAAAAUUAAAAUUAAAUAAAAUUAAUUUUGUGUUUAAAUAUUCUACACUACCAUUUCUUAAAAUUUAGCCCCAGGUAUAAAGUUAUAUUUUAAGUGCAGUAAUGAAAAUAGUAAACAAUAAAAUGGUUACAAUAAAUGUGAAUUUAUGUAAUGAGAUUGCCAAAAAUGCUGGCACAGGAGGAGAAAACGACAACCAAUACUUGUAUUUGCGUUCUGUAGUCAAAAUCGAGUGUGGUCAAAACGAGGGUACUGCAGUUUGUGUUCAUAAGUCUGACGCUAUCGGCAAACUCCUGUUUCUUACCUGUGCUCAUGUUGUAGACUAUAAAAUCCAAUCGGUAAUACUACGUUAUGGUGGACGUGCAAUUAAAGGUAAAGUUAUAUAUGUUAAUCGUAAGGCUGUGCCAUAUGAUAUUGCUGUAAUUGUAGCUGAACAAAUUAAACAAACUACAGACAUUUUACCUUGUCAGAUAUCAGACAAGACACCAUCUAUUGGUCAAAAAAUGUUUUCGGUUGGAUUCCCUUGUCGAGAAUAUGUACCAUCUACAGUUUUCGGUCACAUGCACAGAAUGAUUUAUAGCAUAUUGACGACCACUUGUAAUGUGCGUGCAGGGUUCAGUGGCGGUCCAGUCUUUUCAAUCGACAGAAAACUGUUGGGUCUCACUGUUGGAAAGUUGAACAUGGGCACUUAUCAUUUUGUAUUGCCUUCUACAGAAUUUGUGGAAACUAUUAACAAAUAUGUCACUACUAACAACAUUGAAAUACUUAAUGAUUUAGAAUCCAAGUGCCCAUUGAAAACAGCGUUAUGGAACAAUGGAAUUCCAACUUUCAAAGUAUGUCAUAUUUAGUUUGAACAGAAGAAUACACAUUUUUAUUAUGAUUUGUAUACUUUAUUUGUAAUGGUUUUGAUCCGUGACGACUUGGCAGACCAAAGACCCACAGACCAGUUUUUUUAAGAGGCCUCUUAAUAAAUAGCCCCUGGCCUCUUAAGGCAAAAUUGUGCCUAAAAAUUACUUACGGUUAAAUAUUUUGAUAAAUACUUUGCGCCUUGCGGGGUCUCUACUUUCUAUGUAAACCAGGAACACGCCAAAUGAAUAAAAGUUUACGAGACCCUUAGAAAAAAAAAAAA